GGGCAGUUUGGCAACUUGGAAAUAUUCUUGUGCCUUGCUCCUUGCCCCCUGCCUGGAAAAUAGCCCGGGGUGACUUUUCAAAGUGUCUGCACCGGGUUAUAGGGCUCGGUUGCGCCACGGCCCCCACGGAGGUUGCCCGAGCCUCUCCUGAACGUUGUCCUCCUCGGUUACCCUCCGCGACGCGCCCGUUCCCCCUCCUCCGGGAGGCAGGGCGGGGGUAUCGGAUUAGUCUUUGUUUUCGACGCGAAAGAGCCGAGCGCGGCGCGGGGGAGGCUGCCGAUGGCAGGGCCCCGGGGUCCGCCUCGGAAGGGCGCUCGGCCGUGACUCCCGCGAGGGUGCCCCGCAGCCGGCCCGGGGCCUCUCCCCCCGGGGUCCCCUCUCCUUGCCGGCCAGGCUGACUCGGCAGCGCUGCCUUCUCCAUCAUCCUGACCCUGGAGGAGAAAUACCGGGAGGAGAGACUCCUCACCCUGCCCUGCCCCAGCACGCACCCACCUGCUCACCUCAUGCCUGGGUCCAGGGCGGGUGAGGGUGAAGAACCCACCCAGCCAAGAUGAUCCCUUCCCUGGGGACUGCUGCUGUUGUCCUCCCCCAGAUCCUGGGAACCAGCAGGUGGGAGAGUGGCCCCCAGCUGAGCCCUAUCAGACUGCUACAGAGAAGGUGAAGAGGGGUUGAGAAGAGGCGCCCAUCCCGGAGACUGGAGCUACUUGCCUUCACCCUUGCAGACUCUUGACUGUUUUAGAAGAGAAAGACCUGUUGGUGGCCUUGGCAGGCAGGAAGCUGGACUGUGGCUCUGCCCUGGCACCUAUGCCCCUACCUCUGGCAACGUCAUGAGCCAGUUUCAGGUGCCCCUGGCAGUCCAGCCAGACCUGCCAGGCCUUUAUGAUUUCCCUCAGGGCCAGGUGAUGGUAGGGGGCUUCCAGGGGCCUGGGCUCCCAAUGGCCGGGAGUGAACCCCAGCUUCGAGGGGGUGGAGAUGGGCGAAAGAAACGGAAACGGUGUGGUACUUGUGAGCCCUGCCGGCGGCUAGAAAACUGUGGGGCUUGCACCAGCUGUACCAACCGUCGCACACACCAGAUCUGCAAACUGCGCAAGUGUGAAGUGCUGAAGAAAAAAGUCGGGCUUCUCAAGGAGGUGGAAAUAAAGGCUGGUGAAGGAGCCGGGCCGUGGGGACAAGGGGCCGCUGUCAAGACAGGCUCAGAGCUCAGCCCAGUUGAUGGACCUGUUCCAGGUCAAAUGGACUCAGGGCCAGUGUACCAUGGGGACUCAAGGCAGCUAAGCGCCUCAGGGGCGCCGGUCAAUGGUGCUAGAGAACCCGCUGGACCCAGUCUGCUGGGGGCUGGCGGUCCUUGGCGAGUAGACCAGAAGCCCGACUGGGACGCUGCCCCAGGCCCAGCUCACACCGCUCGCCUGGAAGAUGCCCACGAUCUGGUGGCCUUUUCGGCUGUGGCCGAAGCUGUGUCCUCUUAUGGGGCCCUUAGCACUCGGCUCUAUGAAACCUUCAACCGUGAGAUGAGUCGCGAAGCUGGGAACAACAGCAGGGGACCCCGGUCAGGGCCCGAGGGCUGCUCUGCUGGCAGCGAAGACCUCGACACACUGCAGACGGCCCUGGCCCUCGCUCGGCAUGGCAUGAAACCUCCCAACUGCAACUGCGAUGGCCCGGAAUGCCCUGACUACCUCGAGUGGCUGGAGGGGAAGAUCAAGUCUGUGGUCGUGGAGGGAGGGGAGGAGCGGCCCAGGCUCCCAGGGACUCUCCCUCCUGCUGAGGCUGGCCUCCCAGCACCAAGCACCAGGCCGCUCCUCAGCUCUGAGGUCCCCCAGAUACCUCCCCCCGAGGGCCUGCCCCUGUCCCAGAGUGCCCUGAGUAUCGCCAAGGAAAAAAACAUCAGCCUGCAGACCGCCAUCGCCAUUGAGGCCCUCACACAGCUCUCCUCUGCCCUCCCCCAGCCUUCUCACGCCACCUCCCAGGCUUCUUGCCCGCUUCCUGAGGCCUUGUCCCCUCCUGCUCCUUUCAGAUCUCCCCAGUCCUACCUCCGGGCCCCCUCGUGGCCUGUGGUCCCCCCUGAAGAGCACCCACCCUUCGCCCCUGAUAGCCCUGCCUUCCCUCCAGCAACACCUAGAACAGAAUUUCCUGAAGUGUGGGGCACCGACACCCCACCAGCCACCCCCCGGAGCUCUUGGCCCAUGCCCCGCCCGAGCCCUGACCCCAUGGCUGAACUGGAGCAGUUGUUGGGCAGUGCCAGUGAUUACAUCCAGUCAGUAUUCAAGCGGCCCGAGGCCCUGCCCACCAAGCCCAAGGUCAAGGUCGAGGCGCCCUCUUCCUCCCCAGCCCCGUCCCCAUCCCCAGUUCUCCAGAGGGAAGCUCCCACGCCAUCCUCGGAGCCUGACACCCACCAGAAGGCCCAGACCGCCCUCCAGCAGCACCUCCACCAUAAGCGUAGUCUCUUCCUGGAACAGGCCCGUGACGCCUCCUUCCCGCCUCCCACGGAGCCUCCUGCUCCUGGCUGGUGGGCACCACCAAGCUCACCUGCCCCGCGGCCUCUGGACAGACCACCCAAGGAGAAGAAGAAGAAGCCCCUGACACCAGCUGGAGGUCCCCUGGGAACCGAGAAGGCCACCCCUGGAAUCAAGCCCAGUGUCCGGAAGCCCAUUCAGAUCAAGAAGUCCAGGCCGCGGGAAGCACAGCCUCUCUUCCUGCCUCUGCGGCAGAUAGUCCUGGAAGGACUGAGGUCCCCGGCCUCCGAGGAUGUGCAGGCACAUCCACCUGCCCCCGUCCCCACCUCACAGGGCUCUGCUGUCCCCCUACCCCCAGAACCUUCUCUUGCGCUAUUUGCACCUAGUCCCUCUGGGGACAGCCUGCUGCCCCCUACUCAGGAAAUGAGGUCCCCCAGCCCCGUGGCAACCCCGCAGCCCGGCUCCGCCGGCCCUCUUCCCCCUGCCGAUGACAAGCUGGAAGAGCUCAUCCGGCAGUUCGAGGCUGAAUUUGGGGAUAGCUUUGGGCUUCCUGGCCCCCCGUCUGUGCCCGUUCAGGACCCCGAGAACCAGCCAACGUGUCUCCCAGCCCCCGAGAGCCCUUUUGCUACUCGCUCCCCCAAGCAAAUCAAGAUUGAGUCUUCGGGAGCUGUGACCGUGCUCUCAACCACCUGCUUCCAUUCAGAGGAGGGAGGCCAGGAAGCCACACCCACCAAGGCCGAAAAUCCACUCACUCCCACCCUCAGUGGUUUCCUGGAGUCACCUCUUAAGUACCUGGACACGCCCACCAAGAGUCUGCUGGACACACCUGCUAAGCGAGCCCAGGCCGAGUUCCCCACCUGCGAUUGCGUCGAACAAAUAGUGGAGAAAGAUGAAGGUCCAUAUUACACUCACCUGGGAUCUGGCCCCACGGUAGCCUCUAUCCGGGAACUCAUGGAGGAGCGGUACGGAGAGAAGGGGAAAGCCAUCCGGAUCGAGAAGGUCAUCUACACCGGGAAGGAGGGGAAGAGCUCUCGUGGCUGCCCCAUCGCCAAGUGGGUGAUCCGCAGGCACACGCUGGAGGAGAAGCUGCUCUGCCUGGUGCGGCACCGGGCGGGCCACCACUGCCAGAACGCCGUGAUCGUCAUCCUCAUCCUGGCCUGGGAGGGCAUCCCCCGCAGCCUCGGAGACACCCUCUACCAGGAGCUCACCGACACCCUCCGGAAGUACGGGAACCCCACCAGCCGGAGAUGUGGCCUCAAUGAUGACCGGACCUGCGCUUGCCAAGGCAAAGACCCCAACACCUGCGGUGCCUCCUUCUCCUUUGGCUGUUCCUGGAGCAUGUACUUCAACGGCUGCAAAUACGCUCGGAGCAAGACGCCUCGCAAGUUCCGCCUCGCGGGGGACAACCCCAAAGAGGAAGAAGUGCUCCGGAAGAGUUUCCAGGAUCUGGCCACCGAAGUCGCUCCCCUGUACAAGCGGCUGGCGCCCCAGGCCUAUCAGAACCAGGUGACCAACGAGGAGAUAGCGAUCGACUGCCGCCUGGGGCUGAAGGAAGGGCGGCCCUUCUCGGGGGUCACAGCCUGCAUGGACUUCUGUGCCCACGCCCACAAGGACCAGCAUAACCUCUACAACGGGUGCACAGUGGUCUGCACCCUGACCAAGGAAGACAAUCGCUGUGUGGGCAAGAUUCCCGAGGACGAGCAGCUGCACGUGCUCCCCCUGUACAAGAUGGCCAACACGGAUGAGUUCGGCAGUGAGGAGAACCAGAACGCCAAGGUGGGCAGCGGGGCCAUCCAGGUGCUCACCGCCUUCCCCCGCGAGGUCCGGCGCCUGCCUGAGCCUGCGAAAUCCUGCCGCCAGCGGCAGCUGGAAGCCAGGAAGGCGGCAGCCGAGAAGAAGAAGAUGAUUCAGAAGGAGAAGCUGAGCACUCCGGAGAAGAUCAAGCAGGAGGCCCUGGAGCUGGCCGGCAUCACCACUGACCCAGGCCUGUCUCUGAAGGGUGGAUUGUCCCAGCAAAGCCUGAAGCCCUCGCUCAAGGUGGAGCCGCAGAACCACUUCAGCUCCUUCAAGUACAGCGGCAACGCGGUGGUGGAGAGCUACUCGGUGCUGGGCAGCUGCCGGCCCUCCGACCCGUACAGCAUGAACAGCGUGUACUCCUACCAUUCCUACUAUGCACAGCCCAGCCUGCCCUCCGUCAAUGGCUUCCACUCCAAGUAUGCGCUUCCGUCGUUCAGCUACUACGGCUUUCCAUCCAGCAACCCCGUCUUUCCCUCACAGUUCCUGGGUCCUGGUGCCUGGGGGCACAGUGGCAGCAGUGGCAGUUUCGAGAAGAAGCCAGACCUCCACGCUCUGCACAACAGCCUGAGCCCAGCCUACGGUGGUGCUGAGUUUGCCGAGCUGCCUGGCCAGGCUGUUCCCACGGACACCCACCACCCCGCUCCUCACCACCAGCAGCCUGCUUAUCCAGGCCCCAAGGAGUAUCUGCUUCCCAAGGCCCCCCCGAUCCACCCAGCGUCCAGGGACCCCUCUCCCUUUGCGCAGAGCUCCAACUGCUACAACAGAUCCAUCAAGCAAGAGCCAGUAGACCCACUGGUCCAGGCUGAGUCUGUAGCCAGAGAACCUGGUAAGAUGGGCAAAGCGCCUUUGCCCGAGGCAUCUCAGAAUGGGGGACCAAAUCACCUAUGGGGACAGUACUCAGGAGGCCCAAGCAUGUCCCCCAAGAGGACUAACAGUGUGGGUGGCAGCUGGGGUGUGUUCUCUUCUGGGGAGAGCCCUGCCAUCAUCCCCGAGAAGCUCAGUUCUUUUGGGACCAGCUGCCUGACCUCCUCCCACUUCCCGGAUGGCCAGUGGGGACUGUUUCCUGGUGAGGGGCAGCAGCCAGCCCCCCAGCCUGGAGGACGGCCACGAGGCAAACCGUGGAGCCCUUGCAAGUUUGGGAACAGCACUGCGGCCUUGGCGGGGCCCGGCCUGACUGAGAAGCCAUGGGGGGUGGGUGCCGGGGAUUUCAACUCUGCCCUGAAAGGCGGUCCUGGGUUCCAAGACAAGUUGUGGAGCCCCCUGAAAGGGGAGGAGGGAAGGAUUCCAACCCCGGGCGUGAGCCAGCUGGACAAAGCCUGGCAGUCCUUCGGCAUGUCCCUGGGCUCCAGCGAGAAGCUGUUUGGGGCCCUGAAGUCCGAGGAGAAGCUGUGGGAUCCCUUCAGCCUGGAGGAGGGGCCGGCUGAGGAGCUCCCCAACAAGGGGGCGGUGAAGGAGGACAAGGCUGGCCAGGGCAGUGGCGUCACGGAGGAGGAGGAGGAGGAGCUGUGGUCUGACAGCGAACACAACUUCCUGGAUGAGAACAUCGGCGGCGUGGCCGUGGCCCCCGCCCACGGCUCCAUCCUCAUCGAGUGUGCCCGGCGAGAGCUGCAUGCCACCACCCCCCUGAAGAAACCCAACCGCUGCCACCCCACCCGCAUCUCGCUGGUCUUCUACCAGCACAAGAACCUCAACCAGCCCAAUCACGGGCUGGCCCUCUGGGAGGCCAAGAUGAAGCAGCUGGCGGAGAGGGCGCGGGCGCGGCAAGAGGAGGCCGCCCGGCUGGGCCUGGGCCAGCAGGAGGCUAAGCUCUAUGGGAAGAAGCGCAAAUGGGGGGGCGCCAUGGUCGCCGAGCCCCAGCAUAAGGAGAAGAAGGGGAUUGUUCCCACGCGGCAGGCGCUGGCCGUGCCCACAGACUCAGCAGUCACCGUGUCCUCCUACGCCUACACGAAGGUCACUGGCCCCUACAGCCGCUGGAUCUAGGUGCCAGGGUGCCAGGGAGCCAGCGUACCUCAGCGUCGGGCCUGGCCCGAGCUGCCUCUGUGGUGCUUUUGCCCUCACACCUGGGGGCGGGUUGGGGGUGCAGAAGUCUUUUUAUCUAUAUAUACAUAUAUAGAUACGCAUAUAUAUGUAUUUAUGGUCCAAACCUCAGAACUGACCCGCCUCUCCCUUCCCCCCACUUCCCCAGCACUUUGAAGAAGAAACUACGGCUGUCGGGUGAUUUUUUCGUGAUCUUAAUAUUUAUAUCUCCACGUUGUUUUUUUUUUUUUCCUCCCUUGUUUGGGGGGCUUUUAUUUUCUCUUGUUUUUAAAACUCUAUCCUUGUAUAUCACAAUAAUGGAAAGAAAGUUUAUAGUGUCCUUUCACAAAGGAGUAGUUUUAAAUUCCAUUUAAAAUGUGUAUUUAUUGGAUUUUUUAAAAGCGACAAUAGUAAUGGUAAAGGAUGGGCAGGAAAGGCCAGAAGCACUCAUUCCUGCCCAGUCUUGCUGGGCCCAGCGAGCCUGGCCGUCUCGGGAGCUGACGAGGUUCUCUCAGCCAUCUGCCCCUCAUGAGCCGAGUCCAGACUGUAGCCACCGGUCCAUCCCUCCUGACAGAUACACCUUCCCUUCAGGGGAGGGAGCCCUCAGGACAGCUUCUGUCCUCUCUAAGGAUGGGGGAACCUGUAGAAAAACAUGAGGGGGUCCCUUCUGCAGUCACUGGCUUGGAGUCGGGGAGGGAGGGGCAGGUGCACCCCAGGCCGAGCACCUGAGAUGCUGGCGUAGAUUUCCCCAGAAACCAGGUUGGAAGUAGACAGCUUCAAGCUUGCUAGUCUCCACACUGAAUCCUCUCUGUCCGUUAUUUGUCAAGUCACAGGAUGUCAUGGGUCCCUAGGCAGCACCUCGUGAUGGAGCUGGAGUCGAGAGGCUCUUAGGAGCCUUUUCCACCAAGUUGAUGAGUCAAUGAAUACUGGGCUGAAGGAAUUUGUCUUAGUGGCAGUUUUUUAAAAAAAAUGCUCCAAAGUCUAUGCUGAUACUGAAAAAGGGCUACUGUAUCUUUAAAAACAAGAAGUCAAACCCAAGCUGUGAAAAGCCAGCGUUGCACGCUGUGCAGAGCCUGGUGCUGUAGUAUUGUGCUGGGGCUCCCUCGCCUCUGGGGCAGGCCCCGUCCUGCAGGAGCUCAGCACACCAGUGUAACAGCAGUUAACGCAUCUCUCCUUAUUCCUGGAUUUCCACAUUGAACAAUGGUGCAUGCCUCCCCCCUGAGCCCACACCCUCUAUGCUAUCAUCUGGGGAGUGGGCCUACACUUAACAAUUUUAAAAUGCAAGAGUCAAACGUUUUCAGCAGGUAGCUAUGAUUUUCCUCCCUAAUUGGUGCCAUUUCUCUAUUUGAUCAUUUUCUCCUUUCCUUCCUCCCCUCUCCACCCACUUUAACACCCCCAUUCCAAAAUUCUGGUGCAUUCGUUCAGUUCUUUGAAAUGAGAAUGUGGUGCUUCAUUUCUGCGACACUGUCAAGAGAGGUUAGGCCUGACAGGUGGAAGCAACAUUCGUCGACAGCAAGUCAGACUUCUUGGAGUGUUUGUUUUUCCUGUGGUAUUAGCAGAAAUUAUAUCAAACUACCCAUGUGGAUGUGUGUGGUGAACGGGAGGCUUUGUCAGGACACACUGAGGGGAAUAUGGCCACACAGUGAAUGACAGCCAAGCCCUGAGAUGAACGUCAUAUAUUUAUUGAGCAGUUUUAUUCAGAUUCAGAUGUGGGUCUUCAUGAAAUGAGUUUAACAAUCAGAUGACGAUGCUAGAGGCAAGUUCCUGAGCUUCCAGGUGCCUUGUGUAAGAGCUGAGAGCCGACCCGCUGGGCGUGUACUGUAGCUGACCCAGAGCACUGGCGGAGAGUCGCUGUAAGAUGUCCUGAGCAUUUAUGUGGUCUGGUUUUAACUGUAAAUAGUGAAAGAUUUUUUUAAGCACUUUUGCCUAGAUUUAAACAGCAACUUGAAAAAAAAAAGUAUGUUUUAACAUGUAAUUGUGGGAGAAAUUGUAAAUAGUAGCUGAAUAUUUAACAUGCUUUGUCUAUCCUUCACUUUUACCAUAUUCUGUAAAGUUGCAUUUAUUUUACAGGACAAAAAUGAAAUAUUAUUGCUUUUGAAAUAAAUACCCAAGAGCUUAUCAGGAUUUAGAAUUAUUCAGAACUCAGAUUUAUAGGAAAACCUCUGACCUUCAGUUUGACAAGCUAAAGGAAGCAGAGUCUUCAAUGAGCAUGCUAAUUUUCUAGUUUUGAGGAAAAGUUGGGUCCUUUAAAUGCUAUUUUGCUUAUCGCAUCAGUACUUUUAUGCAGGUCUCAUUUGACUCUGUGCUUAGGUAGAUGCGGGGGUGCCUUGAAAACUUCAUUUUAAAUUAUCUUAAGCAAGAAAUACAAUAUUUUACAAAACAUUUGGAGAAUGUGACCGUCUGUAUGACCCAGGAAAGCCCCAGGUUGGCUGUUGGUUUGGAAGGUCCCGAGUGUAACCCAGGUGAUUCUGAUCCUUGGCACGUGUGACCCUUCCUGAUGUAUGUUAAAUAUGCUCUUCCCCUCGUCACCCUUUGGUAGCAAAGCCAUUAGAUGAAAGGAGAAACCAAUACAAGCGAAAAGCAUGUGAUGUCUGUCCCCCCACAGCCCAAACAGCCUUUGGUUCAUAAAUUUCUAGCUUAGCGAACAGGCUGCUGAGAGGAGAGUCAAGAGGCAGUCUCCAUUGGAUGUUCCUAUCCCCCUCAGAACGGUGUUUCAGAAACUAGGUGGUGCUGGUGCCAUGCUCAAGCCCAUGCUGAUUUUCACACACUACAUGUAUAACCUACCUCAAAUCUCAGUCAUUGAAAUUAGCAUGCUUUAGACAUAUAUUUAAAAAGUAACUAUGCACAGCUCUUUAUCCCCCCUUGCUGCUGAAGGUUUCUUAAAGAGAAAAAUCAAAUUUUUAUUUUUUACUGGCACUAUCAUUUUUUAAGUCCUAAAGAUGAUUAACAGACAUUUUUAUCAUGAGAAGAAAAAUAAAGCCAUUGCAACUAAAGAACCUAACAGCAUGACCAAGAUUUAAGAGUAAUAUUAUAGCAACAGGAACCGAUGGAGUCUUAAGUCAUCUCCUCAGUGCACCCUGUCCACAGACGCCCUCCAUGGGCGGUGCAGACGUUUGCUUCCUCUUUUCUGUUUUGUUUUCCCUGCCUUUUGUGUGCAAGGGAAGUGCUUGCAAAGUUCUGUGCUAAGAGAUUUUUAAAAUAAAAAUCGCUUCGCGGCAGGUUCUCACAAAAUAACUGGUGCUAGCUCAAGAAACCAUUAUCUAACCAUCAGAAAUCUUGACUCAAGGUGUUUCAUGGAUUUUGAGGUUUGUUGUUGUUGUUGUUUGGUGUGUUGUUUGGCAGGGCCCAAGUUCCCCUCACGCUGGCUCCGUGGGUGCUGCUCUGCCCUCACCGGGAUGGCAGUGGUGUGCGUGGAAAGAGAGUGUGCCCUGCCCCCUCUGGGUCCUUCCACCAGCCUCUUUUGGAAACGGUAGUUUACACAGCAAGGGAUUUUCAAAGUGCUAAAGCAAGGAAAUUGGUAGCAGAGCUUAACUGCUUUGUACCAGACAGUCGUAGGUGCGCGAGGACGGCUGACGAUGGGUAGAUGGUGACCUGAUUUCCCCGAGAGAAGUCCAGCCAGACUUUGUGAAGUUUAACCACCGCCGGAUGGCAAACCAAGGCAGUGUUGGUGGGACGUUAAAAUGAUAUCCCUGACGUGCCUCAACCGAUCUCUCUCCUUUUGUUACUGAAGUGUGUUCUAUGGACUAGGAAGCAUUUUUAUGAAUUGAAAUAGUCUAAAUAAAAUGGUGCUAUGGUGUUUUAAUGUGACUGUCCGUGAUCCUGUCCUGCUGAGGUGCUAUCAAGGUUCUGAAACCACAACCAACCAAAAACAAGGUGGGCUCCAGUCUCUCUCGGCUCCCCCCCUCCCCUCCUUUUGGUGCUGUCUCCUUAGACCUCUGUUUACCGUGCUAUAACCUGCUCUGAGCAGUUUUUCUUUUGUCUUACUGUUCUUCCUUGGUGGCCAAACACAGAAGGGCAAGUUGCAAAGGCAGCCAGCUCCCUCACUGCAGACGGGGGUGGGCCUGCUCGGCGCAGCAGGUGCUCUGGUCUAGUGUCCUCUCGGGCCUCCUGAGGAAGGGAGGGUGAAGGGCGGUGUUUUGAGGAAGGGGAGUUGGGUGCGCCUGCCUCUUCCAGCAUAGGUAUCUCCAUAGCCAAGGACACACGUUUUCCUCCUGCAGCUCGGGGGGCCAAGUAGACAUCUCUGAGGGUCCCAGAGGCACUCUGCAUGCCAAGGUGGACCAGAUGGCUGGCCUCCCUGACCUGGCACUGGCUAGGGACAUGGUGGGCAGGGGGCUCGUUCCUUUGCUCCUCACAGCCUUUGCCCCAGCAUUGCUUCUGCCUCUCCCUGGUAACCCCUCCUGUUCAAACGAAAGGAAGGAGCUUUCUUUGCUCACUCGAUGCCACUGAGGCUGCUUUUUAGUUGGUGCUAUUCUACCUUUCUUCUUGGGUCCACAAAAGUUGACGUCUGAAAAACUCAACAGGAAGCUCCAUUUCGUGUCAUCCACUGUCACAAUAAUUUUUUUAAAUACCUCAAAAACAAGACAUUGUGACAACUUGGGGAAAGUAGAUUCCACGAGGGUCUGGUACCUGCAGGUUGUCCCUCUGAUGACAUACUGGGCCUGGAAGAACCUGGGGUCAUUUUAUUUUUUCAUUCUUCAGCAGUUAAAAUGGCAAAAUGCCGAAAGGAAGGAGCGUGGUUGACUUUAUUGCGUUUCCUUUUUAAGUUUUGCUUUUGAAUAAAAUGUGAAUUUCCUAUGCCCAUCUCAUUGAGCUUUUUCCGUCACUGUUGCUGUCAUUUGAAAUGACUCCCUCGAAACCUAGUGUCAUUAGCCAACUGCAUGUGCUGUAGUGCAUGGCCAAUGUCCACAUACCCUGGACCAAAAGGAACAUUCUUUGAGGUGCGUGCCCCCAGCAUAGGUCAUCCAGUCCCACACCCACGCGUGCACAGAGAGCUUUUCCACGGGGGCGGCCCUGGCGUGGUGCCCCCCACCCUUCCUCCCGCAGAGCUGCCCACAAGAGCAAAGCAAUAGGCUUCUCCCCUGAGCUGAGACUGCAGCACAGAAACGCCAGGUCUACAGUUGCUUUUUGCCUAGGAAUCAGCGAGCGAUUUGGCCGACUUCUAGUUUGCUUCUAUUCUAAUAUCAGGGAUGCUUUUUGUAGUGGUAUUGUGUGCUCUCUCUUCUCGUUUUGACUACCCGUCAUUCAGGGAUUACUCAUCACUAUUCACAUGGGGAUCUAAAAAAGUACUAUUUGGCUCAUCUGAACAUCCAAAUUUUCUUGGUUCCAGUACAUUUUUUUUUUUCUUUUGAGGGGAAAAAGGAGGAGAAAAACAGGAGUGAUGUCAUUUCUUUUUCACGUAUUCUAAUGAAAAAAAAGAAACAAGGGCAGGUCAUAUUGUGGCAUAUUAACGCGUUAGACUUAAUCUAGAGCCCCUGUCGCUUUUUGAUGUGUUUUAUUUCUUCUCUCUUUGAAUUCCUGUUUGGUUACUUGGCUUCCAAUGGAGGUGAACUUAACAACCAUACUUGAAUAUUCCGUCUUGACUUUGUAACUGUGGCUACUUGAAAUGAAGUUUAUCUGGGGUUGAUGGAUGAAUGGUAGAUUUUUGCAAUGUCUCAAGGCAAUAGGAUGUGUAUUAUUAAACUGUAGAUAUUCUUAGUACAGUAAAUUUAUGCCGAUAAUUUUAUUUUGUAUAAUUUUUACCUUUCUGUUAAUAUUUUUUCCUCCCACCUGAUUGGUUUGCCUCCUGAGCUGCCCUCCUGACCCUCCCUUCUCCCCCAGGGUUUCAGUAAAUUUAAUUUAGGGUGCCUAGAAAUUGCAAGUAUGUAUCCUCUUUUGAUUUGUAUUUUAUUAUAAUUUACACAAACAACUGGGUUUGUGAACUGUAUUACUCCUGGUAUCUUUAAAAUAUUGUGGGUGUUUUAAUAAAUUUUAUAUUUAUUUUUUGCACUCAAA